CGCGCCUCAGCCCGACACAGCCGGCGCUCUCUGACCAGGCCAACAGGGUUUCCUUCGCCUCAGCUGAAAAUCUGGAAACCAUGUCGGAGCCCGACAUCCCCAUCGGCUUCAACCGAAUGAACCGGCUCCGUCAGAGCCUCCCGCUGGCUCGCUCGUCCAGCCAGGCCAAGCUGCGGGCCCCAGGGAUCUUGUUCCUCCAGCUUGGGGAGGAGACGCGCAGAGUCCACCUGACCCACGAGCUGACGAGCCUGGAGACUCUGAGGGCGCUCAUCGUGCACAUGUUCCCCCAGAGGCUCACCAUGGCCAUGCUCAGGUCUCCGAGCACGGCGCUGCUGAUCAAAGAUGAGACCCGGAACGUCUUCUACGAGCUGGAGGACCCGCGGGACGUUCAGGACCGCUGCGUAAUUAAGAUUUACUGCAAAGAGCCUGUGUACGGCACCUACCCUGCACACCACAGCCCUCACCUGGCCAACGGAGACCUGCGGAGGGAGAUGGUUUAUGCACCUCAGGAUUCUCCACCUAACCGUCGCCUCAGCAACCCGCCCCUGUCCUCCCAGCAUUCCUCCGCCUCUGCCUCCCCGCCCCAGGGUUCGCCGUCCCGCGCCCGCCUCCUCUACAGCGGGGGCAGACCUUCGUCCUACGCCGGCCCCCAGCACCACACCCACUCCCUGCCGCAUCCGCACUCCCAGUCCCACCACUCCUCCCCCCACCAGCAGCCGCAGCUCCACCAGUACCCCCAAAACCCCCACCACCCCCAGCAGGCCUUCUGCACCUCCUCCAGCGCCAUCCUGGAGCGCAGGGAUGUGAAGCCCGACGACGAAGUGGGCGGGUCCCGGAGCAUGGUGCUGCUGCGGGGGGACGAUCGGGGUGGAGGGGGGAUCUACGCGGACCCCUACUCUCUGGGCCCUGAAGCGAGUCGGCUGAGUCUCGCUGGAGGUCCUCACUCCCCCCUCCCGGCCAGAGCCGACCCUUACGGCUCUUUAUACCGCCGUGGAGGAGGCGGAGGCGGUGGGGGAGCCGGAUCGGUGCGUUCUCUCACCUCCUAUUCAGCCGCUGCUUUACAAGGGGAGCUGAUGGAGAGUGGUGCUCUCUACAGGCCGGGAGGACCCCUCUACAACGACGCCUACGCUGCGUCUGUGUUGGCCAUGGGGCUGCGGGUGCCUCCCCCCUCCUCCCCCCAGAAGAUCCCUGACAUGAGGGACUCCUACGCAGGCACCAUGCCCGGCCGCGGCUCCCCCGGCAGGCAGAGCUUGAGAAGGGACUCUGUGACCUCCUCUGUGUUCGGGGACAGUCCCAAAGCCCGGGGCCAGGGGCCCUUAGGUCUCACCUCGGAGCAGCUGUGCCUGAUGGCCGGGCCCGGGGGCGAGGGGGGGAACGCCGGGGGCUUCGGCUCACCGCUGCUGGGGAACGAGACGGAGACAAGGGAGCGUAUGGAGGCCAUGGAGAAGCAGAUAGCCAGUCUGACCGGGCUGCUGCAGAGAGUCCUGAGCAGAGCGCCGGAGGCCGAGAGCCCGGAGAAGAUUGAGUCGGCCAGUGACUGCUCUGGAACUGACACUUUGACUCCUUCUGCUCCUUUGGCCCUGAUGCCUCCUCCGUCGUCGGGGCCCAACCAGCCCGUGACGGUGUCUCGUCUCCAGAUGCAGCUCCACCUGCAGGGCCUGCAGCAGAACACCAACGCUCUGCGCAAACAGCUGUCGCAGCUGCGCAACAUGCAGCUGGAGAACCAGGACUCGGUCCUGACGCUGCUGAGGCAGACGGAGUCGGAGCUGAGCCUCAUGAUGCUGGACGCCAUGCGCACUCAGGAGGACCCGCUCCAGAGACAGCGCCUCCUGGUGGAGGAGGAGAGACUCAAGUACCUGAACCAGGAGGAGCUGCUCAUCCAGCAGCUGCACGACCUGGAGAAGUCGGUGGAGGAGCUGCAGAGGAACUCGUCCAUCAACCACGGGCUGGUGACGGAGCAGGACGUGGAGCAGAAGAGCAAAGAGCUGAGGAUUCUGGGAGAGACGCUCACUGAGCUGAAGAACCAGUUCCCCAGCCUGCAGAGUAAGAUGCGGGUGGUGCUGAGGGUGGAGGUGGAGGCCGUGAAGUUCCUGAAGGAGGAGCCUCACCGCCUGGACGCGCUGCUGAAGCGCUGCAACACCAUGACUGAUGCACUCAGCACGCUGCGCAGGUACGAGCCCCGACUUCACUCACACUCGACUUUCUGUUGUGACUUCUCCGUGAAGGUUUUUGAAUUUUCAG